AUGCGCCGCUUGGGGAAUGGUGCUGUCUGCUGUGCGUCAGCUGUACGUCUCUUCUGGGACCCGUACGGCCACCAGCCGGAGUCGAUGUUUCUCGACCGCAAAGAUCUCGAGCAGAUGUACCCAACACGCAAACCAAAAACAACGGGUGGUGAGUUUGGCUACGAACGUGGACCGUAUUGGGCUGCAAUGCUCGUGCCAAACCCGGCCGUGCGCCUCCCACACGAACGCCGUCGUCUUAACCCAAAACCAGCAAAACGUGUUACUGUGUUUGGUGCUAGUGGUUAUCUUGGGUCGGAAAUAGUGCGUGAGUUCUGUGAGCAUCCUGAUAUUGAAAAGGUUCGUGUUACCACACGUUACCCCACACUUAUACCUUCUGGAUCUGAUCUGGAUAUUCUUCUUCAAAAAUAUCCUGAAAAGAUUGAACUACAUGAGUGUGAUGUAACAGACCGAAUUCAAGUCAAUGUUGCGUCUAACGGCAGUGAUACUCUUGUAUUUGCUGUAGACUAUCAUGCUGAAUACGCUAAUAAUAGUCAUCAUGACGUAUUUUUAACAGGUGCUACAAAUGUAAGUUGGACAGCCCGUAGUGUUCGUGCGGAACGUGUAAUAUUUUGUAAUGGUCUGGAUGCAACAUUUGCUUCUGAAUCUAAUUACUGUGAUUUCCGAGCUCGAGCAGAAGACGCUGUUGGAGCUAACCAUCCUGACGCGACGAUCAUUCGUUUUGGUCCAUUAUAUGGAAAGAAAUAUCGAUACCGAGGUCUGGGUCGCUACAUUUAUCCAGCCUGUUUUCCUAAUUCUCUAGUACAGCCAACAUGGGUUGUAGAUGCAGCACGUGCUGUAGUUCGCUGCUCUAUGGCACAUCGAGCCGUUCGGUAUAAGUUUGAUUUGGGAGGUCCUCAAACAUUAACACACGUUGAAGCAUUUCGUAAUAUCGCAGCACAUUUUGAUUCUCGUUUUGUAUUCCCAUGCUAUCGUGGAAUUGCUCGUUUUUGGGGUAAACUGUUGCCAUGGACGGUGCCAAAUCCAUGGUUUGAUGAUAAUUGGAUUAUUACUUAUGAAUUAGAUCAGGUAAAUCGUCGUAGCACUCUUUUUGAUCGUUUAGCAUCAUGGGAACGUAUUGCAUAUAAACCACACACAAUAGAAGAAGCUGCCGCAAUAGAGAAAGGGGAUGUAUACCUUCUUCCUCUUCACAAAUUAGAUGUUGCUUAUAAAGCUCUUGAGGCAGCAGAUAAGGCAGCAUUUGAUUUGGAGGAAGAAAAUGCUAAGAAGUAUGGUAUUCAUCGUGCAAAGGCAGAACCUGGUUUUGGACGUUCCGAUGGAUUGGAGGCACUUGCUCAGGAGAUCUACCCAGGACAACAAUUCCGUAUCCGACCGCUUGAAGGUGCCAAGUAUCCAUCCACUGUGAAGAAUCCAGGACCAAUGGCUAUUCAUUAG